CACGACCAACGUCAUAGGUAUCGCAGACUACAGACAGCUACAGACCCGUCUCGGAGCUUAUGACGAGGCCCCGCCCACUGCAUGCGCGCACUUCCCGGAGAGCUCGGUGACGGGCGCGUCAGCAGUCAGAUGUGAACGAGGAGGGAGCAGUUGCGUUAGGUUUAAUAAGAGGAAGACUGUCAGAUAUCUUGGGAAGCACUACGAGGGUACAAAGAAAGGAAGAGCGACAUGGUAAAAAGUCCGCCGAAGUCGUGCUGUAGAAUAAUAGAGCAUCAGGUUAAGAAGAGAAUAAAAUGAAGGACAGAAAUACGCGUUGAUUUAACUGCUACGCAAGGAAAGCCAUUGACGUCCCACGAACUGACAUCCAGUUCAGUGCAUUGACUUUGGCAGCACUUCAGGUGCAGCAGAGAAUUAUUUUUUCCUUAAACAGAAUUAUUUUGUGAAAGAAUGAUAAACGCUGCAGUUAAACACGCAGUUACCGCAUUUGCUGGCAACAUUCAGCUGGGUGCAAGAACCAACUCUGGACGGAAAGCCAGUCUUCCGUACGCGCCCUAUAAAAAUACUGUAUAUUAGGUCUAUUACCAUGCACACCUUUUUGAUGUAUGAAGAGAGUUGUACCAUGAAAUAAAAAAAAAACAUGAUGACGUCGAAAAAAUAAAAAUAUUCGUGUAGGAGAUAACCAUCUGUGGACGGGAGGACAUCUGUAGCUGGGGGUUAGUUUCUACAAGUUUCCUGAUAAAGAAAAAACUUCUUCAUAGUCAGAUUUUCUGGUCAUUAUUUGCAAUAUUAAUUUAGGAUUUAUUCAUUACAGAUUGUACUGAUACACAUAUAGCAUUCAUACAUUUGGAAUAUUAGCAGGUUAAGUUACCUUUUUAGUCGAUCUGGGGGGUAUUUGACCAACUGUACAAGCUUAUAGUUUACAGUUCAAGGUUUUAUGCACCACACCCCAGAAAUGUGUAUACAUAAUAACUUUAAGAAGUAAUAAUAAUGUAAUGGGUGAUGCAAAAUCUUUAACUAUAACAAUUUAAUAACAUAAGGUUUACUCAUAACAAACAUUGUAGUUUGUCAGUGUCAAAAUGACCACUAGGGUUCCCUUCUUGCUGUGUAUGCCAUUGAUUAAAUCUGUUUGAACUUGAACAAGAAACAUUUCCAGUAUUAGUAGAAUAUUGUCGAACCUGCUUAGUCCAAUUCAGGGUCGUACCGAGUCUAGUAUAGGGUCCACUCAUCAAUUCACACACACUUCGACUGAGUGAAUCUGGAAUCACCAAUUACAGUAUUCGCACAGACAUCGGAAGAAUGUGCAAACUCCACAUACAGACAAGACAUCAGGCUUGGCAAAAUGUCAAAUCAUACUAUAUGUUUGGGAUGUUGCAUGUUUAGGUGACAGGUUAAACAAACUCCAUGACAGAAGAAUUUGCAAUUCUGCUUCAACACCAUGCAGAAGGUGCCGGUGGAAAUUCUUGCAAACAUAUUUUCAUAUUUGCCUUUUGUUGACAGACAUGCAGCAUCUUUAGUUUGCAAGAAAUGGUAUCAUGCAAUUCAGUUUCCAACAGUCUGGUAUUUCACUGAGGUUAGCUUUGAAAUUGGAACUGAAGAGAACACUUUACAAAAAAUGUGUCAAUUUCUUCCCAAAGUGAGACAUCUGAAAAUUGUCCUAAAUCAGGCGGUACAUAUUAACCGGAAGAAUGCAAUAGAGACCUUGAAAUAUGCAACAGACUCAAGCAACAACAUACAAGUGCUAUGCAUUGCAUGCCGGGGUGAAAAUCCACUGUUUUACUCUGGCCAAGAUAUUCUGAGGGGCAUCUCAGACAUCUUUCAGAACAAAUCAGCAGGUCUACGCCUUCGGGAAAUUGACUUUCGACACAUGCCAUUUAUGCUGGAUGACUACCUGGUCCGACUGAUAGCUUCAAAGAAUCCAAAUUUACACCGUUUGUAUAUUAACAACCAGACUUUAGUUUGCAAUGUCACUAAGGAUUCAGUUAGAGAAUUGCUGAGACUUUGCCAAGAGUUAUCUGUUCUUGGGGUCUUCUAUGCCAGCAUAUCAGAAGAUGUGAUUCAUGACCUAAUGAAGCCAGAACGACCCAAUUUCCUCUUACUGGAGCUGUUCUGUGAGCGGCUGGACAAAUAUAUUCCCGCUAUCACCAAUGAUCUAUGGGAGGCGCUUCACAAGAGACACCCCUUCAUGGCUGUUGACAUGGUGUUGGACCACACACUGCCUAAAAGAAAGAUGACAAGGAUAUUGCAGCCUGCAAUUCCAGUCAGAAACUUGGAACUGAUCACCUACACAUAUCUAGUAAAUGAAGUGCAAUUUACUGCCUCAAAUUACUCCACAACGCUGGAAAAGUUAGUGCUGCAGACGACAUCCUCUGAAGAGCUGAAUGCCGCACUAAUAGACCUGGCUUCAGUUUGCGCUUCACUUAAGGAGAUCCACUGCUACUGUGUGGUGUCUGCAGGUGUUAUACAGGCAUUCACUACCUGCUGCCCCAAGUUAUGGAGAUACACUUUAAAAGUCAGCAAAGAACCGCAUCCUUGGCUGUGCACUGUAGUAAGAUGAGGAAGAUUUUUAAUGAUAAUUGACCUGUACUUUUCAAAACCAAUGAAAACUGCUGUCAGCACUCUGUGAGUUGGAGUAAGGGUUGGGUGAUCCAUGCCAAAACUAAGACUUGCAAUGGAGACCUGCACUCUCAGCAUGAUGACACACUUUUGGCCUGUGGAUCAUGCUCUUUUGACAUCAAGACAUGGAGGUUCUUUUUCAUUUACUGAGGGCUGCUGUGGAAGCCACAUCCCAUAAUAAGUAUGUGGAUGCCAUCGCCACAUUUUGGCCUGUAGCACAAAUGCAUGCCUUAAGUAAAUGUCAAUACCUGAACUGUGACACCUUAAGUUUGGCACGGAUCACCCUGUAGCAGUAGUGCAUUGUUUUCUCAUAUUGAAAUAUUUUUCAUUAUUAGUAGCAGAAAAUGUUAUAUUGCAUUCAGGAGGAAUUAGAUAUUAUUGUUUAAAAAUUUUUUAAUCUGUCAUUGAGUAUCAUGAAUUUUUAAAGAUUAAUAUGAACAUCGAAUCAGUGUACAUGUUAAUACAAGAAAAAGUUCAAGAGCCAUGUCUUCUUUCCUUCUCAUGCACCUUAAUUAUUCCAGAAGUGAAUUAAUUGAGAUAUUUAUAUUUUCACUGCUCUUAUUUUAAAAUGUAUACUUUUUAAGAUAAGGUUGGUAAAAACCAAAUAAAAUGAAGAGUGGUAAUGUUUGAAGAACUUUCCUCACUAGAGAUGCCCAACCAUGUAAAUUUGUAGGAUAUUUGCUGAGAGCUGUUCACGGCCACUGCACUUACAAAUGUAAUCGUCCACAGUUGGCCUUAAAGAUUUAUCAAAGAUUUAAAAUCGACCAGGGAAAUUGUUUUUCAUGCUGUUACAUGGUGGUGCUGGUCUUUUUUAGCAGGGUAUAUAGCAGCAGAGGUUACAGCUUACUAAAUAGUACAGUAAAGGUACAAAAAAGAAAGAAAGAUCCAAAUGUGUGCCUUACUUAUUUAUAGUAGUAAUUGUGUCAUUCUGUGGGCAAGCAGCAGAGGGCAUAAGAGGCUAACCAUUAACUACAGGUUUCACUGUUUAGAAAUUGUAUCAUCUUUAUACUGCCCUCUGUUGUUCUCUCGGUGUAUUGCUCAUAGCUUGCUUUCUGCUCUUUGCUGUUUUCUGUCUUGUACGGCAGAGAUGUAGAAUUAUGAGUGACUGAUGUCUUGAUAGGGUUAUCAUUUUUUAGUGGUUUUGUUUAUAUGGCAUAAAAGAGUGUAUAUGGUUAAUUAAGAAAGAACAUGGUAUACUGGGUAAAGUAUAAUAUGAAUGUUAAUUGAGGGGAAUGUCCAUCUGUCUAUUUUCUGAAUAUCAGAGUCACUUUUAUUCACCAGUACUUAAUGUACAGGAAUUUCACUUGGUAGCUUUGGAGCUGCUUACAACAUUGCAUACAAGUAAAAUACGUUAAGACAACAUAUAUAAUAAACAGAAUAGUGCAGUUACAAUGGAGAUGUGCAAGUGAAUGUGUGUGUUUAACGUAUAUGCACUACA